UGCGGGGUUUAGCAGCAAGUGUGGAGAGGUAAGAUUGCUGUCUAUCAAACGAUUCGAAUAACCUUAUCAGAUGCCUAUAAAACGACCCGAUGUUACAUUCGGCAGCAGUCAGUAUAUCGCGAGGUACGACCAGCCUCUGAUCGACUCUGUUCUCAAUACGGUAACGUGAAGCAGUGACGUGAAGAAGUGAACCAAGUGUAACCAUGUACCGUUGGGGCGUAUGGCAAGCUCUACUGGGCCUGGUGCUACUCCUGAUGACCGGAUCCGUGUGGAUACCGAUGGUCAAUGGGCACGAAGAGCACGAUGCACACUACUGGAAGCAUAUGGCACACGAGCUGCUGUUCGAGAAGAAGGACUAUACGAUGCAAAAGAUUAACAUUGCCAAAAACAUCAUGGUGUUUGUCGGUGCCGGCAUGUCCCAACCAACCGUAACAGCAGCCCGGCUCUACAACGGGGGUGACAAUGAAACGUUUGCCUUCGAGCGUUUAAAAUGGAGCGGAAAUGCGCGGACAUACUGCGUGGAUAGUCGGGUACCGGACAGUGCCUGCGCUGGGACAGCCUUCCUGACGGGUGUGAAAUCAAACUUCGGUACCGUGGCCAUGGAUCCGACCGUCCACCGGGGCGAAUGUACGAUGGAUCCGGCGAAAAAACUUGCCUCCAUCGCUAAAUGGGCCCUCGAGGCGGGCAAAGCAGUUGGUUUUGCGACAACCUCCCGUGUUACCUCCGGUUCAACCGCUGCCCUGUAUGCGAACAGUCCGGAUAGCAAUUGGGAAAACGAUGCUGACGUUAAAGCGGCUGGAUGUAAUGCGGCCACCGUUCCGGACAUUGCUCAUCAACUCAUCCACGGUGACAUUGGCAAACAGUUCAAGGUUAUUCUCGGUGGAGGACGUAAACAUUUUAUUCCAACUUCCGACACGGACACUUCCGGUGCAAGAGGAUUGCGAACCGAUGGUAAAAACCUCAUCACGGAAUGGAAACAGUCGAAAGAGGGAGCAAGAAAUGCUACAUACAUCACAACCGUGGGUGAACUGGCCAGCCUAGAUACGUCGAAGAUUGACUACCUUUUUGGACUGUUCGACUAUGACCAUCUACCCUUCAGUGCCGACAUUGCCAACGGCAGCGAUACUCCAGCGCUCGUGAGCAUGGUUCAUUAUUCGCUCGAGAUGCUACAGAAACCGGAACACACCGAAGGGUUCCUGCUGUUCGUGGAAGACGGUAACAUCCGUCGGGCACAUGGGCAAAACAAACCACGCAAAGCGUUCGGCCAGGUUAGCCACUAUGCCAACGCAUUCAACAUGGCCAACAUGAUGGCGAGCGAACAAAAUACGCUCUUUAUCUCGAUGAAUGACGUCGGCAGUACGCUUAGCCUGCCCGGCUAUCCGGCCCGUUCUUCCGAUCCGCUAGGUACACCGGCCGGUACCAGCAGUGAAGAUGCACUGCCUUAUCUCGGCCUUAACUAUGCCACUGGACCGGCUCACUCGGCGUACUAUAGCGCCGGCAGUGGACGACUGGACCCGAUGCUAGUGCUGCAGGGUGUACCGAACGUGCUGGAACGCACCUGCCCGGCUAUGGUACCGAUGGCUGAGGGUGUCGAUGGUGGCGAGGACGCUACCGUGUACGCUUCGGGACCGUGGGCGUUUAUGCUGUCGGGUGGCUAUGAGCAACACUUUGUGGCCCAUACCAUUGCAUUCGCGUCCUGCAUUGAUGGGGCGUGUGAUGGGGCGGCCACACUGGUGCUUUCUUCGGCCGCGAUUCUUGCUGCGCUCGGUGUACGAUUGUUUGUCUAGAAUUUGUUGUCCAUUGUUCUAGUGUAGGGAGUUAAAUGAACGCGUCAGUUGAGACCGUAUUAUCCACUUUUUGCAAAACGGAAAUCACAUCCUAAAACAGUCAAACUAAAGAAGACGAUAAAGGGAGAGUAGGAAAAGGAAGGAAAAGAGAAAAUGUUUGGGUUGGGGUGAUUUCCAGUAAUAAAUUACAACGAUAAGUUGACUUAUGCA